AUGUGUUGCUGUUGCACAGUUUUACAUAGACAUCAAAUUCAUCUUAUUAGUUACGGAUGUGUUUCACUGGGACUCAUUACAACAGGCCUGGUUUUCACUAUUUUUGCAAUAUUUCAAAAAGAAUCUCAAAUAGGAAAGGUAUGGCUGGCAGGACCAACAACGAUGGUUGUCGGAUUAGUUUUGUGUGGAAAGGUUAUAAUCGAUUGGGGACCAGCAAUGAUGCAUGCAAGAGAAGGCUCUAUAGAUUCAAUCCAUUUAUAUCCAAAUGACAGAACCCGUCAAACUACAGAUGAUUUACCAUUAUCUGGAGUAUUGAUAGAGCAAGAAUCAUUGCACAGUACGCAUGAUUAUAAGAACACAGAUUCAUUAUCUUGGAAAGGAGAUUCUCGUUCAUCAAAUGCAUUUCAACCGUAUCAACAAGGCUUCAUUGGCAAAUCAUAUAACAAGACACCUUACCAUCAAACAAACACAUCAUCAAAUAUAUACAAAAAUUCUGAGAGAAAUUCUUGUGAAUCGCAUUGUAAAUAUCAGAAAUCUGAUCUUAAACCCAUGAAUGGACAUAAUCAUUCAGCCAGCAUACCAAAUGCAUCAACAUCUCUCAUAUACGCAGAUAAUUUUCUUAUGACCUCUAAUAAUGAUCAAAUCAAUAGAAAUUCAACUCAUCCAAAGAAUAUGUAUAAUAGUGAAAGUAAUAUGACUGCUGCCGCUAAUUCGAAAUGUGAAUGCGGUCACUAUGGCAGCACUUGGAAGAAUGCCAAUGCUUUUCAAGGCGAAUCAUUCGUAUUCAAUGAAAGAAACUAUUUUAUAUGA